AUGAAGCUGUCUAGUACUUAUAGAAGACACUUUACAGUUUUUGCCAUCAACCGAAUAGAUGAUCUUCUUGCAAGCUGUGUUUUAAACAGGCUUUAUGAGAUGGUCUGUGUUUACAUUCCGUUUGUCUUCUUUUUUUCACCUACUGUGAACUAUUUAAUUAAGAAAGUCAGUAGACUGGUUGUGCCUAAGGGCCUGUCAAUUGCAAUAAUCAUGGACGGGAACAGAAGAUAUGCCAGAUACGCAGGAAUCAGCAGAAAACAAGGACAUAUCCUUGGAUAUUCCCACAUGCAUGCAGUGCUUGAAUACAUGGAUAUAAUUAAGUGCAAGGCUGCAGGCUUCUUUGCCUUUGGGAAAAAGAACUACAACAGAUCGAAGGAAGAGAUUUCAGAUAUCAUGGAGAUCUUGGAAAAUGCAUUUAAGGAUCUUGAUGACCGAAACAAGCACAAGAAUCUGCUUGGAAAAGUAUCAAUUGUAGGAGAUCUUGACUCCAUGCCGAAGCACAUUCAGCCGCAUGUGCAGAAACUCAACAGAACAGGAACAGACAAAAAAAGCUGUUUUAUAUUUAUGUCAUACUCCUCACUUGAUGAAUACGUGAAUGAAGGCACUGAUGGGCACACCCCAGAAUUUGACAUCAUUAUUCGCCCAGGAGGAGAAAAAAGACUGAGUGACUUUCUUCUGUGCAACUCCUCCAAAAAUACCAUGCUGGCCUUCCUCUCAACAAAGUGGCCUCUUCUAACGCCUGUGCACAUUCUGCUUGUGAUUAUAAAAUAUACUCUAGAGCUCUCCCUGGAUAGCACAUGCCAAUAA